CAUUGCCUUUACAAAGGGAAGACCAUUACCGUUCUCCUGUCUCCCAGGUCCUGUUGAUUUGCCUGGUAUUGGAAGUCUCUUAAAUGUCAUUUGGAAUGGAGGACUACAAAAUCAACAUGAAAUUAUGUGCAAAUAUCAUCAAAAAUUUGGAGGGAUUUUUAAGAUGAAUCUUGGAUUUUUCAAGUCAGUACAAAUUGGAGACCCAGCUCUCUUGGAAUCAUUUCUGAGACAUGAAUGCAUUCAUCCCAAAAGAAUGGAGAUCAAACCAUGGAAAAUGUAUAGAGAAUAUAGAGAAGAAGCUUAUGGUCUACUGACACUGGAAGGUGAACAGUGGUUGAACAUGAGAAGAAUAGCACAAGCAAAGUUGAUGAAAAUCAAAGAAGUAGCAAGGAUGGAUGUGCAAAUUAAUGAGGUGCUAAAAGAUUUUAUCGCACAUGUCACCCGAAUAAGUGACAAACACGGCAAAAUUGAUGAUCUGUAUUUUGAACUUAACAAGCUGUCAUAUGAAACAAUAUGCUCAGUCCUGUAUAAUGAAAGGUGUGGACUUCUCCAAGAGGCAUGUACAGAAAAUGCAUUGCUAUUCAUACAAUCAGUGAAAAAGAUGAUGCACUAUUUGGGUCCACUCAUUGUAACCUCAGCAGAUCUUCAUAAAAAAUUGAAUACAAAAUCAUGGAAAAGUCAUACUGAAGCCUGGGACAAUAUAUUUGCAACAGUAAAAAAUUAUAUUGACAAGCGACUUAACUCCAGAUGUAACCAGAAGGAUGAUUUACUAAAUGCAAUUCUUUCUGAACAAUCGCUUUCCAAGAAACAACUGUCUGGUCUUUUCACCGAACUUCAGAUUGGAGGCGUUGAAACUAUGGCUAAUUCGCUAUUGUGGCUGAUAUUCAAUUUAUCAAAACAUGAUGACGUGCAGGAGAAAAUUCUCAAGGAAAUUCAGACAGUUUUAUCACCUGGAAAAUUCCCAUCUGCUGAUCAUUUACAAAAGAUGCCAUAUUUGAAAUCAUGUAUUAAGGAAUCAAUGAGAGUCACUCCGACAGUGCCUUUUACAAGUCGUACGUUGGAUAAAGAUACCAACCUUGGAGGUUAUUUUAUUCCACAAGGUACUAUUGCAAUGAUUAACUUUCACGCGAUGAUGUGGAAUGAAGACUACUUUCCUGAUGCUCAGUUGUACAAACCUGAAAGGUGGAUGAAGCCUAGAUCGACAUUAAACUCAUUUGCAAGUACACCUUUUGGUGUUGGAAAAAGAAUGUGUAUAGGACGACGACUGGCAGAACUACAGCUUCAGCUGACUCUUUGUUGGAUUUUGCAGAACUUCCACAUAAUCGCCACUGAUAUGGAACCAGUAAAAGCUAUUGCCUCUGGGCUAAUGAUUCCCACACGAAAACUGCCUGUAGCUUUUAAGAAGCGAUAAGGACCUAUUUUAUCAUGUUCCUGUCUAAAAAAAAUCCAUUUUCUGCAGUCUGGACAAUGAAAAUGCG